CAGUGAUUGAACGUUUCUUGAUGCUGAAGUAAAGCAAAAGCACUUGAACCACCUCUUGGAAAAAAAACCUCUCACAAUCAUGGGUGUGGUGUCACAAUUUCUGCUUCCACCAGACCACGCCGGAGUCCCAUCCUUGCCCCGACAUGUCGCGGGAAAGAAUUUCGAAGCAACUUCUCCCGGUCUUUCCGAAGACCCCUGGUCCCCAUCGUCUUUGUGGACCGGAACCUCAGCGCCCUCGUCCUCGAGCGGGAAGAAAAUUACCCUCUCUGUUUCCGCUCAUCCGUUCAACGAAAUAAAAAAGUCUGCUAGAAGUAGUUCUUCAUCAUUUCUAGACACGGUCGGCUCGCCCGCCAGGUCCGGCUCUUUCAAACGGAUCCGCCAGCGGCUACGCAGUGGGCGGACGACACGGCUUUCGUCGCAAGAUUUCUUCCCAACAAACGGCAGCGACGGGGGUUGUAUGGUCACGACGGCGCAAACAAGUGUUGGCAAAAAUCUUCACGAGUCAGCAAAUGGUACAGCGAAACCGAGCCAGCAUGUAGCAACGAGCUUUUUCCCGACCGUUUCCCCGGACCUGGUAUCUUCUCUGGUAGCCGGCACGGGCACUCAGGUCUUGCGACGCGGCACCGGCCAGCUGGCCAGGUACCUGUUUGGCGAUCAAACCGCAGGCUCUAGUACAACUUCCGCGUUUGGUGUCAGCAGCGCCUUUCACCCGCUCAGCGGGGGAGGUACUAUGGGCAAGAAGACGGCACAGCAGCAACUACACCAGACUCGGUUGCUGGAGGGAAAACUCAGUGGAGGGCGUAGCAGCAGACACACCUCGUUUCUGUCCCUGGCGGAGAAUUUCGGGGCCAUCGGCAUCUUCUACGGGGUCGGCAUUUUGAUGUACGGCUUCACGCCCCACGAUCAGUGGUCCGACAGCUACUUCCCCGAGGACAAGGGAAAGCCGGGGUUGGUCGACUGUCUCAUCGAGGGCGGCUACUACGCCACACAGGUUUUAACCACCAUCGGCUACGGCGACGUGUACCCCAAGGGGAAUUUUCUGCGCAUCGUCAACAUCUUCUACAUCCUCGCGGGCGUCGGGGUCGCUGGCUCGCUGGUCUUGGGAACCAUCACGGACCAGAUCACCGACAGGUGAAAAUAGUUUUAGAUGCUGCAGGAGUUUCAUGAACUGCGCGGGCGGCUCAAUUUUUCGUCGCCUAAGCACGCAAACUCCAGCUCCUGUCUCUCCCUGUUUUUGCUUGUUCGUUGUUUGUGAACAGAUGUUAUGUCCGAGCUGCAUCACGUCGUUCUACUCCAGCAGAUCGAGGUCGUGUAACUCUCAUGCAAUCAUGAUCGACAAAAUAAAAUUUCGUGCCACAUCAACAUUUAUUAUAUACCAGGGUGAAAGACGCCGAGAAACGGCAGUUGCUGGCCACGCUGACGGACGCGGGUGAUCCGCAUGGUGCGGGUGGUAGUAUGGAGAAGCCGGAGCGCGACCGGCUGAAACGACGAAUGGAAGUGACCGAGGGAAUGCUACUCGUCACGGUGCCCACGCUGCUCGGGUCUUUGGUGUAUGGAGCCGUGCACAACUGGGGCGUCGCGGGGUCCCUGCACUGGGCCGUCGUAACGAACUCCACCGUAUCAAAUGCAAAAAUGUCUGGGUCUGGAAGAUUACGAGACUUGGCAUGCUUGUCUGGGAUGGCCAAAAAGCUUGUGAUGCGUGUCCAAGAAGAGACUUUUUUGUCUUCCAUGCAAAAACGCAGCUUGUCAUGCAAAAGUCGCAACAAAACGAAGCGCAGACAUUUCUAAUGCUUCGCUGGGCAUUACAGAGCGUUCACUAUUCCCAGCGCAGCAUUACAAGUUUCCAGACCCGGACACAUUUGCACUUGAUAAACCGUCGGGUUCGGGGCCUACAGCAUCGACAACCGCGCCAUGCGACUGUUCUCCAUUGCCUACAUGAAUAUCGCGGUCGCCAGUUUCGCGCUGGGUCUCACGAAACUCACCGGCGUUUUGUUGGACGUAUUUAAUAUAUCACGACAUUGAUUUUGAUUCUGAUUCAUGAACAUGAUCAGUUGUCGCUCUUUUCUUGCAGCUAUGCCUUCAGUUGAAAAUUUUGUGAGAAAGCACAAAGUCAAGUGUGUCCAUUGCCGCAUGAACUGAUGUGUAGUUCCCAUGAUCAUGAGGCUUUCUUCUAGUUUCAUCAGAGUUGUACUCGAUGUGCAUGAGUAACUUCUCCUCGCUUGAAACACGAACUACAGGAAGUACAAAGCAGCGAACUGGACCCGGACUCUGUCACGCUCGACCAAGCCUUGGGGAUGGACAGCGACGGCGACAAGCGCGUGGACAAGUACGAAUUUGCGACCGGUUGUCUCCUGUCCUGCGGCAAGGUAACGGAAACCGACAUGACGCAAAUCAUGAACCGGUUUCGCCAACUCGACCGGGACGGAAACGGCUUCCUCACCAUUGAGGACCUCCCGGGCCAGUCGCAGCAGGGACAGACGCAGCCGGAAACUACACGACAGCCGACCGGGGCUGCUGCACAGUAAAAAAUGUAAACUCCAGCUACCUUUUUAACUUCAGCGAAAGUAGAAAAGCUGCCGACCCCGUGUCCAACACGCGUCAUCUUUGCCUACUUCGGAGCUAAAACGGGUGGCGUCUAGUCACGUUUGGAAGCGCGAGCGUGAUUGUUUUUUUGCACAAAUGAUAAAAUGAAAAACUAAAACUCACGGCACUUGUUACGUCAGAUAACGAUAAACAGCUACAGCACACACGAGAUGAGUUGACCUUGUGAAAAUAUGUUACCCCUUACGCUUCGUCCCUUGUUUCCGUUUCAUCCGCAAGGUUUUUUGAUGAACUCGCUUCCUUUUGAAAGUCCUCGCACGAAAGCUUCGCAACGUAUUUGAAAAAAGACCACUCGAUGAUAUUCCUAGAAGUAGAAAAAGGUAAAACGCAAGAAACAGCAGUAAGUAGACCAAUCUCAGUUUCAUCGCUUGCGACUAAACUUGUAUGGAAAUGUAAACAGGUCAGAAGCUGACCACAGCAACGCGAACGUAGAAGUAGUAGCAGAAAAAUAUCAUGCAGAACUGGUGUAAAUGGGCACACAGCAGCAUUGCGUGCUGCCGACAACAUAAAUGUUUCCACUCGCUGCAAUUACAAAUGAAU